UUUUCGGGUGCUUCGCUGCUGAGAUGCGGUAAAAGUGAAAAAAUCGGACCCGCUCCGCCGCCACACCCGUUAAGGCCACCGCUUCACGAAUGGCCUCCGCCUCGCCGCCGCCGACGCCACCGCCACCGCCGUCCCCCGGGGCAGCCUCGCCGGCCGAGGAGUCCCGCGGAGCUGGGGGCCGGCCUCCGGUCCCGCCGUACGUGAAGGCAGCGGCGGGGUCCCUCGGCGGCGUCAUGGAGGCGUGCUGCCUGCAGCCGAUCGACGUCGUCAAGACGAGGCUGCAGCUCGACCGCGCGGGGGCGUACCGUGGCAUCGUGCACUGCGGCGGCACCGUGGCCCGCGCAGAGGGCGUGCGCGCGCUCUGGAAGGGGCUCACGCCCUUCGCCACCCAUCUCACGCUCAAAUACGCGCUCCGGCUCGGCUCUAACGCCGUGCUGCAGUCCGCGUUCAAGGACCCCGCCACGGGCAAGGUCUCCGCGCACGGGCGCGUCGCCUCCGGGUUCGGCGCCGGCGUCAUCGAGGCGCUCCUUAUCGUCACCCCCUUCGAGGUAGUAAAGAUCAGAUUACAGCAACAGAAAGGAUUAAGUCCUGACUUGCUCAGAUACAAAGGGCCUAUACACUGUGCAAAGACUAUAGUUCGGGAAGAAGGCCUUUUUGGUCUGUGGGCUGGAGCAUUACCAACUGUCAUGCGCAAUGGCACAAACCAAGCUGCAAUGUUCACAGCCAAGAACACAUUUGACAUUGUUCUCUGGAAGAAGCAUGAAGGAGACGGGAAGGUCCUCCAGCCAUGGCAGUCAAUGAUCUCAGGGUUCCUUGCAGGAACAGCAGGACCUGUCUGCACAGGACCCUUUGAUGUUGUGAAGACUAGGUUAAUGGCCCAAGGAAACACUGGUGACAUCAAGUAUACAGGCAUGGUCCAUGCGAUACGAACAAUAUACGCCGAAGAGGGGCUGCGAGCCCUGUGGAAAGGCUUGCUUCCCAGGCUCAUGAGGAUUCCACCUGGACAGGCUAUAAUGUGGGCAGUGGCUGAUCAAGUGAUGGGCCUCUAUGAGCGAACUUAUCUGCAGCCAGCUCAUCUUUGAUCAUCCUGCUUCAGUGCUGCACUUUUGUGUUAGCUCUCAUGAUUUUGAAUUGGUGGUUAGACGUGAAAAUCAUCAAUCAGAAACUGUAAACUGUUCCAGUGCCUGGAUAUUCAUUUGUUCAUUGCAAAUAGUUGGGUAUUGCUGGAAGCAAUGAACUCUUGUACCAUUUUGUAGUCAAUAAUGUGAAACCCCCUUUUAGAUUGAGAGACUUUUUCUGUUCU